AGAUGAGAUUAGAAUUAUAUAAGGCAGCUGGGCCUAUCCUUUUCUUGGCACUACUUGGAAGCAUCUUUGGCACACUAAGAUACACGAGGUGAUUGGCCGGAGGAGCUUGGAUUUGUUUGGCAUGCCUGCAGAGGCCAGAGGUGAGUAGGGGACCCCACACAUGAGCUGUGACUGAGAAGCAAGCAAGCUCAUGACAACAGGUCUGGGGAAUCUUAUAUCUCAAUCUCCUUCGUCCUCCUGCUCCCCUGCCUCGCUAGCUAGAUAUCAUAUAACAGCCCAUGCCGACCGGCCUGCUUCCCAGCAGAGACCAGAGCUUCUUCUUGGCCUUCUCUGCUUCUCUGCUCUAGUUCUUGAAUCCAGAAUUCAGUUAGGGAGAUUGUUCUUUCUCACCGACCGGGAGAUCCUGAAAAGAGACAACACACGGUUGGGAAAAAGGGGAUCGGCAUGAACCUUCACCAAGACAUGGACAGGGAGCAGAUGAGGAUGGCCAUCCUGAACCAAGAACAGAUCUUCAGACAACAGGUACACGAGCUGCACCGGCUGUACCAUGUCCAGAAGCAGCUGAUGCAGCAGGCACAGACGACUGCUCCGGCGAGCCGUGCUCCGGCGGCGGUCGUCGACGUCAAGCCAAGACCCGAGCUUGACAUCUGGUGCGGCGAGAAGGCGACAACAACUCCUCAGCAGCAGAUCAUCAGCUUCAACAAGGCCACAACACCUGCAAUGGCCGAGGAAUGCAACCUUGAGCUGACACUGGCAACGGGACCGAGCAGCAGCAGCAGCAGCUGCGACGUCGAGAGGCGGCAGGGGAAGCGGCACAAGGCGUCGUCCAACUCUGACUCCGGCGCGACCGCGGUGUCGUCGACGUCGACGGACUCCGAGCUGGCGCAGUUCAGGGAGGUCAACGCGGCGACGCCGGUGAGGUUUCACGGCGAGAUUAGCAGGAGGAUGGACGAGAUGGGGCAGGGUCCGUGGAUGUACCAGUGCCUCAGCCUGAAGAUGGCGUGAUGAUGCUGGGAUCAGUUUGUGCUGUAUGUAGGAUUUGGGGAUUUGGGGUUGUAGAGUUCAGAGUUCAGAGGGAAACAGAGCACGUAUUUGUGUUACAUGCACAACUGUACAUCACAGAUGUGUUUCAUCACAAGACAAAAAAAGAGAAAAAAAAGAGGUAAUUUGUGGCAGCAAGUGGUAUUCAUGGGUUGAUGAUUUCUA